UUGAUUGAUUGAUGAUUGAUUUCAUAUUCCAUGAAAAAACCAGAAUAAACUGGGAGAAAGAGACGCGGCCUCGAAGGAGAAAAACGCAGAGGUUCUUGUACGCCGCCCCGACCAACACCGCCGCACCACCGUCUUCGUUGCCGCCGAUAGAUUUACCCUGAGGGUUUGAAGGAAAAAAAAAAAAAGGAAUUGUUGAAUUUGUGGAAGAACAAUGUCUGUAACAGCCGGUGUUAGUGAUACAGUAAUAGCUGUAAGGGAUAAGCUUAGAGGUAAAAUUGGACAAACAAAAGUGAAUCGUUAUUGGCCUGGUAAAGCUCCUGAAUGGGCUGAUAAGGAGAUCGAAGACGCAUCCGGUGAUAUUAGAUCCGAUAGGGAAGUUGCUUUGGAUAAAGCUUUUCCUCGUCAUGAAGAAGAUACUGCUAUUGUUAGGAAAGAUGAUCGUAGGCUUCGUAGAUUGAUUGAGAGUAGGGUAGAUAACCGUGAGGAAGUUAGGGAGGAUCAUAGAAGGAUUCGGCAGGCUGAGAUUGUUUCUACUAUUGAAGAGGAGGCGAAGAGGCAGGAAGGGUUGGAUUUAGAAGAACAAGAUGAGGAUGCUAUGGCGGAGAGAAGAAGACGGAUUAAGGAGAAGUUGCGUCAGAGAGAUCAGGAGGAAGCGCUUCCUCAGGAAGAGGAGGAGGAAGAGGAGGAAGAAGAGGAGGAGGAGGAGGAGUCUGAUUAUGAGACUGAUUCUGAUGAGGAGUACACUGGAGUAGCUAUGGUGAAGCCUGUGUUUGUUCCAAAGUCGGAGAGAGAUACCAUUGCUGAGCGUGAGCGUCUCGAAGCUGAAGAGGAGGCUCUUGAGGAAGCAAGGAAGAGGAGAAUGGAGGAGAGGAGAAAUGAGACGAGGCAGAUUGUUGUUGAGGAGAUUCGGAAGGAUCAAGAAAUUCAGAAAAAUAUUGAAUUGGAAGCGAAUAUUGAUGAUGUGGACACUGAUGAUGAACUCAACGAGGCAGAGGAAUAUGAAGCUUGGAAAGUGAGAGAGAUUGGUAGGAUCAAGCGGGAUAGGGAGGACCGGGAGGCACUGUUGAAAGAAAAGGAAGAGGUUGAGAGGGUGAGGAACAUGACAGAGGAGGAAAGGAGAGAGUGGGAAAGGAAGAAUCCAAAACCUUCUCAAUCCUCAAAGCAGAAAUGGAGAUUUAUGCAGAAAUAUUAUCACAAGGGUGCUUUCUUCCAGUCUAAUUCCGAUGACCGAGCUGCCACUGUUGGAACUGAUAAUAUUUUCACACGUGAUUUCUCUGCACCAACUGGGGAAGAUAAAAUGGACAAGACAAUAUUGCCCAAGGUUAUGCAAGUCAAGCACUUUGGUCGCAGUGGAAGAACUAAAUGGUCCCAUCUGGUCAAUGAGGACACUACUGAUUGGAACAACCCGUGGACUUACAAUGAUCCACUUCGAGCCAAGUAUAACGAGAGAAUGGCAGCAAUGAACGCGCCUAUAGCAAAGCCUAAAGGAAGCAGAAAAUUGAAGGAUUGGGAAUCUCGAUGAAUUUGAAAUUCAGAAAUAAUGUAUUAAGAUAUUGUCCUUUGGAUAGUUUGAUUACUGAAAAGACUAGAUUAGCUAUGCCAUAUCCUAUGUAUACUUGUGUUCUAUUUUAACAGGAAAUGAAAGAGCACUUCAUUAUUGGCUUAGGCAUGCAUGCUAUGGAUCAUCGAGCACAGUUUAUGCAGAUUGGAAUUUAGGCCUAGUUCAUCUGCUUAUUCUUCCUCACUUAAUGAGUGAAUCAUAGGACUAUGACUUCUUCCCUUGUAUGUCAUCACAAUUACAUUGUUACAAGCUGUUGACAAGGAUUAUAUUGGGUUUUCCAAUAUUGAUUCUACUCGUUUUUUACAAGUCAAUACUCAAAUUAAUAGUCGAAA